ACUGCCAGUCUACCACACAAAUAUGAAAUACCACACGCACACGCAGGUAUCCGUAUCCGAACGAAAUCUGAACGGCCGAUCUCCCUUUCUAUGCUUCGCAUCAUCCUAAGCUUAUGCAAUAAAUUCGAGAAAGAGAAAUCGCUCAGAUAGUUUCAAGAACCGCGGGAAGGAGAGGAGUUUCUUAUUCUUUCCUUCAGGCUUCAGAUCAUUAACAUUGAAGUCAGGAAUCUAUAUCAGUUGUACUAAAUGACCUCGACAAAUAGAUUAGUGGGACUACAAGGCAAGCAACCACUUUUCUCAUUUGGAAUUAUAUCUGAUGUCCAGUAUGCCAAUAUUCCUGAUGGCCGCUCAUUCCUUGGAGUUCCACGGUACUAUCAGCACAGCAUUCUGGUCUUGCAAAGAGCAGUCAAGAAAUGGAACGGCCACCAGAAGCUCAAAUUUGCUAUCAAUUUGGGAGACAUUGUUGAUGGAUUCUGCCCCAAAGAGAAGUCUCUAGAGACUGUACAGAGAAUUAUUAAGGAAUUUGAGAUGUUCAAUGGUCCUGUCUACCACAUUAUUGGAAAUCACUGCCUCUACAAUCUCUCCCGUGACUCACUACUUCCACUGCUGAAGAUGCCCGCUCCUAAUGGCCGUGCCUACUAUGACUUUUCCCCAACCCCAGAAUAUAGAUUUGUGGUGCUUGAUGGCUAUGACAUCAGUGCCAUUGCUUGGCCUCAGGAUCAUCCAAAUACAUUGGAAGCGUUGAAAGUUCUGCAAGAAAAGAAUCCAAAUUCAGACAAGAACAGCCCAAUGGGAAUGGUGGGUCUUGAGAGAAGGUUUCUGAUGUUCAAUGGGGCAGUUGGGAAGGAACAGUUGGAAUGGUUAAAUGGUGUGCUUCAAGAAGCAACCAGACAUGGACAGAAUGUGGUGGUUUGCUGCCAUCUGCCUCUAGAUCCUGGUGCAGCAACCCAAGAAGCACUACUAUGGAAUUACGAUGAAGUGAUGGAUGUGAUACAUAGAUACAAGUGUGUGAAGGUUUGCCUGGCUGGCCAUGAUCACAAGGGCGGAUACUCGGUUGAUUCCUAUGGGGUUCACCAUCGGGUCCUUGAAGCUGCUCUGGAGUGUCCUCCAGGCUCAAAUGCAUAUGGGUAUGUAGAUGUGUACCAUGACAAGAUCUCUCUCUCUGGUACUGAUCGUAUGGCUAGUACUGAAAUGAUAUUCACUUCUUAAGUGGAAUUGAUUUGACAUUAGUCAAGGCAUCUGAUGUGGCAGUUGCUCCUAACUAUUCAUGCAGAACCAUAAUCAUUUAUACACAAAAAUUAUCUUAUGAUGGGAAGCUCAAGAUUGAAGAACCCAUUGUGAAUUUGUUGAAGCUUAUCAUUUGGGAAAAAACAUGAACACAAAUUUAUAGAUAACUUUGCCUGCCAGUUCUACUCGUAGUCCUUGUGGAUCUCUCACUCUACCACCACUCCUUGUAUUUGUAACUCAUUUGUUCAAUAUUGUCAGUAUAUGUCAGCCUUCCAUCCCAGAUGCGCUUAGUAACAUACAAUCAAUUGGGUGCCCAUGGAGGUAUGGCCCUUCAUUAUGUAACAAAUGCUCAAGGGAUCAACUGUGGAGAGAGAGAGAGAGAGAGUCCAAUAUUGAACUCGUCUGUGUCUGUGAGAAUGUAUUCCUUCUUCUGGUCUUCCUGUA